CAGCCGGCCCCCCCGCCCCUCCCAGAAAAGAAAAGCGCGCCGGGGGUGGAGGCUGCUCCACGCUGCUGCUGCUCCUCCCUCCCGCCUCCUGGCUCUGGCGGGCCGGCUCCUUUGUACGCCCGGCAGAAGCUGAGGGGCGUGCAGGGCAGCUCCAUCCUGGCUCUUACCGCGACGCGACCAUGAAACUUCAGGCGGCGGCGCCCGCGCCUUUUCUCCCGCUCCGGCCGCUGCUGCUGCUGCUGCUGCUGCUGCUCCUGCAGGCUGUGGCAGGACGAAGCUCCGCUUACGGCAACCGCUACGCCGGGGAUAAAGUGCUACGGGUUGUUCCUGAGAAUGAGAAAGCAGCAAAGACACUGAAGAUCCUUUCUCAACAACUUGAGGUAGACCUGUGGCAGCCUGGCAGCAUCUCCUACAUCUCAAAGGGUGCAGUUACAGACAUACGUGUAUCAAGGAACAAUUCGCAAAUUCUACUACCUUACCUGCAACAAGCAAACAUCCAAUAUACCGUCCUCAUAUCUGAUCUGCAAAAAGCAGUAGAAAAGCAAAGUGGUUUGGGGUCCUCCAGGAAUCGUAGAUCAUUACCAGGAUACAGCUAUGAAAUAUAUCAUUCACUGGAGGAAAUUCAGAGUUGGAUGUAUCAUCUGAACAAAACUCAUUCAGAUCUUGUCCACAUGUUCUGUGUUGGCAAGUCAUAUGAAGGAAGACCACUUUUUGUGCUAAAGCUCGGCAAAAGAUCACGCCUUUACAAGAAAGCUGUCUGGAUAGACUGUGGAAUCCAUGCAAGAGAAUGGAUUGGACCAGCAUUUUGCCAGUGGUUUGUGAAAGAAGCUCUCCAGACCUAUCAAAGUGACCCAGCCAUGAGAAGAAUGUUAAAUCAACUGUAUUUCUACAUCAUGCCUAUUUUUAAUGUGGAUGGAUACCAUUUUAGCUGGACCCAGGAUCGAUUUUGGAGAAAAACAAGAUCAAAGAAUUCAAGAUUCCGUUGCCAUGGCGUAGAUGCCAAUCGUAACUGGAAAGUGAAAUGGUGUGAUGAAGGGGCUUCCACCCACCCCUGUGACGACACAUACUGUGGUCCUUUCCCUGAAUCUGAGCCAGAAGUGAAGGCUGUAGCUCACUUUCUUCGCAAACACCGGAAGCAAAUAAAAGCUUACCUGUCCUUUCAUGCGUAUGCCCAGAUGUUGUUGUAUCCCUACUCUUACAAGUAUGCGACUAUUCCAAAUUUCAGCUGUGUGGAAUCUGCUGCUUUUAACGCUGUAAAUGCCUUGCAGUCAGUUUAUGGGAUAAGAUACCGAUAUGGCCCUGCCUCCAGCACUUUGUAUGUGAGUUCUGGCAGUUCUAUGGAUUGGGCAUACAAAAAUGGCAUCCCAUAUGCGUUUGCAUUUGAGCUGCGUGAUACAGGUCAUUUUGGAUUUCUACUGCCGGAGACCCUAAUUAAACCAACGUGCACAGAGACCAUGCUGGCUGUUAAAAAUAUAACCAUGCAUCUGCUGAAAAAAUGUCACUAGGGUUUGCAUCAAAGGGCCAAAACUGUAUUUCUUUUUAACUGUUAUUGAAAAUGUUUAUUACUUAGACAAUGUCAAGUCAAUGGAGCCUAGAAUCUGUCCUGCUGGUGGAGAUAAUCAAAGUGGGGGGGAUGACAUUCACACUGCAUGUAGGUUGAAGAGUGUGAUACAUAUUCAGGGCUAUGUGUAUAAUGGAAUCAUACCACUCAAGUGUAGACAUUGGUUUUGAGCUGGAAAGAAUAUGGGUUGGCAAGGCUGAAGAAAUUCAAAGAGCUGGGGAUGAGACUAUAGCAGAGACGGGGAACCUGUAGCCUUUAAAUGUGGGACUCUAACUCCUGCCAGCCACAGCUAGCAUGACCAGAGGUCAGGGAUGAUGGGAGUUGGAGUCCAGUGUGAUUUUCUUUGGACAGUGUAUGAAAAAUAAAUGUAAGCCCUGUCAAGGAGGGGGUCAUUUUCCCAAGUCCUCCCUCCAAGCUACUAAUCGAUCGCACACAGGCACUGAACGGGUUCCAGGUUUUAUUGACAUCUUCUCUUCCACCAACUACAGAGCAUCAAACAACAAAUUUAAAACAUGGCAUGUCCCGCCCCCCCCCCCCAGCAGGUUAAUUCAAAGAUUUAUAGGGGCUGGGGAAUGCUGGCAACCAGCCAGCCCCAUCACAUGCUCCCACUUUGGGGACUAAUUGUUACCACCUUCCUGAGGGGCCCCACCCAGCAGUACUUGCUCACAGGAUCACUACUUCAUGACAAGACCUGGCCCUCUGUUAUUAGCAUAAAUAAUUGUUGUGGUGCUUACCACAGCAAUUAACACAUCGUCUAUGUGUUGGCAAGAAUGGACUGUACAAGGAGUGGGCAACCUUUGUUUGUCAAAAACUGUAUUUCCUCAAUGGUAGUUCGUUGGGGGUCAUAUACCAGAAGUGAAAGCAGAAUAACAUGGAUGGGACAACUAAUUUUCUCUUUCUGCCACUCCUUUCCCUCCCAACUACCCACCUUUUUUUCUCACCCUCUUUUUUCUCCCCCUUUUUCUCUUUCAGUCACCAUUCUCCCCCCCCCCCCAUAUUUUUCUGCUUCUUGAAAUUUGGCUGAGGGCCACAGGUUGCCCACACUCAGCCUGGAGAAUAAAAUAUGUGAGCCUUAUUGCUUAGGGGGUUGUGGAACAGUGAUCCAGUCCAGCUGUAGUCUGGAAUUUUUGCUGAUGGACAACAUCCAUAUUUGGAUAUGCAGUAAGAUGUGCUUUCCAGUCUAGAAAAUGAUGGAGCUUCCACAUGAGAAACUCCUUCAUUGGAUUGGGGUGAAAAUGUGCAACUGUACUGGCCUUUGCUCUCUUGAUACUUCUUUUAACAUCAGUUGUAAAUGGAAAUUUUAUAUAUUUUGUUUUUAAUAACACCGGAACUUGUUAAAUAAAGCACAUUUUUAAUUAAAA